CAAUGAACAAAAUAUUACAUUUUCAUCUAGUUUUCGUUGAACAAUUGAAUAAGCUGGUGAACUUUCGUCCUGCAAGCAACAAUGAAGGGUAUACAUCUUCUAGCCGUCGCAAUAAUUUAUCUUCAAUUCCGAACGGGUUUUGGAUUAUCAAACUACACAUUCCCGGCUGGUUUUAAAUUUGGCGCAGCAACAGCAGCAUACAUGGUCGAAGGUGCUUGGAAUGAAGAUGGAAAAGGAGCUAGCUUAUGGGACAAUAUCACUCAUGCAUUCCCAAGUGUCAUUUCAGAUGGAAAAAAUGGAGACGUAGCAUGCGAUUCCUAUCACCGAUACCCUGAAGAUGUCCAACUGGCUGCCGAUCUUGGACAUGAUAUUUACAAGUUUGGCAUAUCCUGGCCAAGGAUUCUCCCCCAAGGUACUAUCGACAAUAUAAACCAGAAAGGAAUAGACUAUUACAAUGAUCUGAUCGACCUGAUCAUAAGCAAAGGAUUGGAACCUCAAGUUGUAAUAUUCAACUUUGAUAUACCGUGGGAACUAGAGAAGUUCGGAGGAUUCACCAACGAGUCCACUGUACAACAUUACUCCGACUAUGCCGAUUUGCUUUUCAAAACUUUCGGAGACCGCGUUAAAAUCUGGAUUACCGCCAAUGAAGGUCACGCCUAUUGUAAAGUCAUAGUGGACGAUAUUCUAGCCCGAGUUAUUACUCAAAAUCUCGGAGUUAAGGAGUACCAAUGCGCACAUAAUUUAAUUAAAGCACACGCCGCGGCGUAUCGCAAUUACGAAGAAAACUACAAACCCACACAGCAAGGUAAGGUGGGCAUGGCUUUCAGUAUGUUUUAUCACGUCCCCGCAACAAAUUCUGAGGCAGACCAACAAGCUGCUGCUCGAGGUAAUGCGUUUGUGUUUGAGUGGUUCGCACAUCCGAUAGUAAAAGGAAAUUACCCUCAAAUAUUCAUCGAUCAAAUUGGUAACUUAAGUCAACAAGAAGGAAGAAAUGUGUCAAGAUUACCUCAGUUUACUGCCGCAGAGAUCGAGAAUAUUAAAGGAACUUACGAUUUCAUUGGGAUUAAUCCACUAUUUACGUUUUUCGCAAGUGAUCUGAGUGGCCAAAAUCUAUCUAUCAAUUUUCAAAAUGAUAUGAGAGUCAACGAAACCAGAAAUUCCUCUCUAGACUUCUCAUCAGUAUAUGUGUCUUCACCAAAAACCUUUAGAGAUUCUAUAGUUUACACUAGCAACUUCUGCAAUGGCUGCGAGAUUUUCCUUACGGAACACGGCUUUGGUACUCGAAACGACAGUCUAAAUGAUACAGCGAGGAUGCAAUUUAUGCAGACUUACUUGGAUCAGCUACUGAUCACGAUUCACGAAGAUGGGGUUAAUGUUACCGUGUAUGCCAUGUGGCACUUUAUGGAUAGUUUCUAUUUCAAUAACGGAUUAACGCUGAAAUUUGGAUUAAUUCAAAUAGACUUUUCGUCAAGCAAUCUUACAAGAACACCCAAACGGUCAUCACAGUACUAUAAGAAUAUCAUCGAGACGAGAAGUUUAACCGAAUUUCAGUUUUAACGGGAAAAAUGCUCGAAUUCGUCAGCGACCUCAAAUACUUUGAAUUCAAUAUUCAAUAUAUCUUGGGUUAGUGACUUUUAGCUAACCACGGUCUGUAAAUGUUAGUUGUACGUCCAAAUAAAACGAAAGAUUUUAACCCAACA